CGCUAGAGCCUGAGCCUGGUGCGGGCGCGGGCCCCGGGUCCAGCAAGGCUCCGCCUCCUCCAGGUUCCCUGCGGCCGCCCCAGCCUCUCGAGCAGGCACUGCGGCUCUCGACAGCGGCCCGGGAGGACGGCUGCAGAAUGAAAAUGUGGCUCUGGGGUUUGCUGGUCUCUUUGGUCCUUGGGACCCUGCCUUCCCAGGCAUCUGGAUGGAAGCAGACACCUGUGGAUCCUGAAACAAAUAUGAAUGUGAGUGAAAUUAUCUCUCACUGGGGAUUCCCUAGUGAGGAACACCUGGUUGUGACAGCAGAUGGGUAUAUUCUCUGCCUUAACCGAAUUCCCCAUGGGAGGAAAAACCGUUCUGACAAAGGUCCCAAACCAGUGGUGUUCCUGCAGCAUGGCUUGCUGGCAGACGCUAGUGACUGGGUCACAAACCUGCCCAACAGCAGCCUGGGCUUCAUCCUGGCAGAUGCUGGUUUUGACAUGUGGAUGGGGAACAGCAGGGGAAACACCUGGUCUCGGAAACACAAGACUCUUUCAGUUUCUCAGGAUGAAUUCUGGGCCUUCAGUUUUGAUGAGAUGGCGAAUUAUGACCUACCAGCUUCAAUUAACUUCAUUCUGAAUAAAACGGGCCAAGAACAACUGUAUUAUGUGGGCCAUUCUCAAGGUACCACAAUAGGUUUUAUAGCGUUUUCACGGAUCCCCGAGCUGGCCAAAAAGAUUAAAAUGUUUUUUGCCCUGGCUCCUGUGGCUUCAACCGAGUUCAUGACUGGUCCUGUAGUUAAAUUAGCACAAAUUCCAGAACUUUUUCUCAAGGAUUUAUUUGGGAUCAAAGAAUUUUUUCCACAGAGUACGUUUUUGAAGUGGCUGAGUACCCAUAUGUGCACUCAUGUCAUUCUGAAGGAGCUUUGCGGAAAUGUCUUUUUUGUUCUGUGUGGAUUUAAUGAGAGAAAUUUGAAUAUGUCUAGAGUGGCUGUGUAUGCAACACACAAUCCUGCCGGAACUUCUGUGCAAAACAUGAUACACUGGCUCCAGGUUGUUAAAUUGCACAAGUUUCAAGCCUUUGACUGGGGAAGCAGUGCCAAAAAUUAUUUUCAUUACAACCAGAGUAUUCCUCCCCUUUACAAUGUGAAAGACAUGCUGGUGCGGACUGCUGUCUGGAGCGGAGGUCGGGACUGGCUCGCAGACGACAAGGACGUCGUCCUCUUACAGAUGCAGAUCUCCAACCUGGUGUACCACAAGCGCAUCCCUGAGUGGGAGCAUCUUGACUUCAUCUGGGGCUUGGAUGCCCCUUGGAAACUCUAUAAUGAAAUUAUAAAUCUAAUGAGGAAGUACCAGUGAGCGUCAGACUGGAGACAUUUACUGUCAAGUCGUGUUAAGUGUGUUUGCUUAAUUUCUCUAAAAUACUCGUUUUCCUUUCCCAGGCCUUUUAUAUUUUUAUAACCAAGGAAAUUAUGCUGUUGAAGAUGCCUGAUUCUCUCCAGUUAGGAUCAGAAAUGCAUUUGCUUUUUUCAUUUAAUCAUGGCCGAAUACAAAGCUGGUGCCUCAACCAGUCCUAAAAAUGACACUGAUUCAUAAAUGAUCAUGACCAUUCCAUUUAUCCUUACUAUUUAGAAUGUACUAUAUUGCCUUUUUACUCUCAACACAGGACACAUUGACACAUGUUGGAAUUUUCAAGAUGCCUUGUUCAUCAGUAAAUAAUCUGACACAGACUUGAAAGAAGCUCAGUAAAUAAGUACCCAGUUCUUACCUGCUUGCCUUAAAGGGCUCUCGGUCGAAUGGCCUUGUAUUUAGAGACCUAAAUGACACCUCCUCAUGUUCUCAUGUAGUAGGUAGGAAAUCAACUUCAGUGACACCUCAGCAGUGCUGGUUAUAAUGAUCCUAUGAUGAAUUUUAUCAAGCCUAAUUGUGAGAGCUGCUAUUUAGCAAAUAUUUAAAUUGCUCAGACUGAGGGAAAUAAUUUCCUGGAGUCUUCAAAAAUAAAUUACAUUCAUAAAAAAAAUACAUUCAUCAACAACAACAACCACUAUACUUUAAGUAACUUGACUGGUAGAGCUAACCACCGAUAUGCAUGAACUUUUCAUUGUGUGGCAGGCCAUAAAGCCACUUGUUUCAGAAGAAGAGUCCUAUGAAGACACGAUAGCACUAUUUUUCCUGAAAUUGCAGUGUUCACUUCACUAGCUGCUGGAGCCUGGCGAUGGCAUGUGUAGAGCAGAAGCCCUGAUGCCACUCAGGUGGAGUGCCCUACUUCAUUUUCACACAGAAGAAGUGUGAAUGUGAACUUGGUUGUUUUCAGUAAAGCUCAGGGGUUGUUUUUUUCUUUUGUAUGUGUCCAGAUUUUGCAUACUCCUGAUUCGCAUCCCUAGUCGGGACACCCGCAUUCACCUGCUUUUCUCGCAGCCCCGUUUCCUUGCACUGCUCUCAGAUGAACAGUGGCAAUUGCUCUGGUUUUCUGAUAGAGUUGCUUUGCGAUAAUAAACAAUACUUGGUAUUGGUUAAUCUGUGCAGACAACGUAAGACUGCUUUAUAACAUUCAAGUGAUCUUAUUUAAACUUGUCAAUAAAACUCAGCCUCCCAGGCCUGAAGCAUUGUG